UGCUUUUGCCUUCCAUUCUUUGGGUUUUUGCUGCACCAGAAGAAGAAGAAGAAGAAACCUCUCUUUUAUCUUCCUCCUCCUCUGCCUCUCGCCCGUCGGAUCAAAACUAGAAACAUAACCCAAAAAAAAAAAAAAAAAUUAAUUUAGUUCAUUUUUACUCAAUUUUGUUUUUUUAAUUUAUACAUAUAGAACAAAAAUAUUUAUACAUAUUUAUCAGAAUUUGAAUUUUGAUUCCGAUAAGCGUUAAAUUAAUCAAAAGCAUUUCCUUUGAAUUUUCGAAAUUGUGUUGUUUUGUGAUUGCGAAAUGAAAAUUGAAAAUUUUUGUUGAUGAUUUUGGUUAGAAAAUUGUUGAGAGGGGGAAGAAACAGACGACGGACAUAACGACGUCGUUUUGGUUUUUGAAGGGAGGUUUUUUUUCUUUUUUUUUUUUUCCGACUCUUUGGUUUUUGGAGGUUUGAAGAUGUGUGCUGCAGCGGCAACAGGAGACUGGUGGGCGAGGGGGAUAGCGGUGCAGAUCGGAGGAGGGUUCAGCCAUGAGAGCGAACAUGACUUGGCUCUCAUGGUAAGCGAUUUCCUUGAGAACGGUGGUAGCAGCGGCGCUGACUCUUGGUGUAGCAGCGAUAGCGAGUCCGGUCUCUCCGAUCUCCACCAUCUCGCAGAUAAAAUUUCGUUUUAUAGGCACUCAGUAGCUCAGCAUGAGAGUGACUUGCUGUCAUUGGUUCAUUCUCUUGUGGUAUCCAUCAAGGAGACAGACCUUCACCUUGUUAAAUCAGGUCCAUGUAACGCUAGCUGCAUUAGAUUUUCUCUGGUGAAGCACUUGAGACUUGCUGGUUAUGAUGCUGCUGUAUGUGCAUCUAGGUGGCAGGGUGGUGGCAAGGUUCCUGGAGGGGAUCAUGAAUAUGUUGAUGUGGUUACCUAUAAUAGUGGUGGGAGCUCUGAGCGUCUGGUUAUUGAUGUUGACUUCCAAAGCCAUUUUGAGAUAGCUAGAGCAGUAGACUCUUAUGACAGAAUAUUGAAGUCACUUCCCGUUAUUUAUGUCGGCUCAAUGACCAGGUUGAAACAGUAUCUUCAAGUCAUGGUUGAAGCUGCUAAAUCUUCUCUCAAACAAAACUCAAUGCCUCUUCCUCCGUGGAGAUCUCUUGCUUAUUUGCAAGCGAAGUGGCACUCACCGUACCAGAGGCAUUUGACCCCAGAUGAGCAAAAUUUUGGCAGCUUCAACUCUUCUGACCAUAAGCAAUGCAGUGGACAUUUAAAGAGGCUGCAAUCAUCGCUUCAAUCUGAAAUGGAAGAAGAGCGACUCUUGAAACCCAUGAACACUGACAGUAACUGGAGAGUAAUGCGUGAGAGGCGGAGACAUUCCUUCUUGAGGGGUCUUUGAAGUGUAUAGAAAUUUUGCCUGGGAAUGGAAAGUUCCCUUUGUGAGAGAUUAAUUGUACCGCGGCUUUCAUUUGUAGUAAUUCUUUUUCCUCAGAAGAAAAAUAAGUGUCAACAAGAACAAACUCCAAUUAUAUACAGAGGACAUAAAGGCGAAUAACACUUCAUAUUUGGGAUCAUACAAUUAUUUUUCAUAUUUUGUGCGUUGGCAGCAAGUGAGAGUUACCAGGUUUUGCGAAGUUAGCAUAUGGGACAAUCCACAGCAGCAUUUGCAGCCAAAUCUGUGAGAACUUGCCUUACCAAGGUGCAUUUCUUCAUAGGUCGCAUUAUUGUUUUUUUUUUUUUUAAUUUAAAAGUUUCAUCUUGAAUAUAUUCCUUGCCUUCUAUUUUUUGGUCAAGGAAUUUUUGUUCUAAUUUCUCUGUUUUCCUGUUCAUUCGUUUUCUUUUUCCAAAGUUGAGUUGCAUGUAUUUUCAAGCAAUUGAAAGAUUGCUUUUGCGAUAUAAUACCCUAUAAAUUAAUGAAAUAGUUGCUUCUGAUA